AUGACUAAGCGCGUUGUGGUGGCUUCUGGCUAUUUCAAUCCGCUGCACUAUGGUCAUGUUUCUUACUUGGAGAAGGCACGGGAUUUGGGAACCAGCCUGAUCGUUAUCGUGAACAAUGAUUUGCAAGCAGCGAAGCGGAAAUCCGAUCGGCCACAUGGAGGAGAUAUGACUCUACCAGCACGCGAACGUGUUAAGCUCGUAAGGUCUCUACAAUGCGUGGAUGCAGCCGUGGAGGCAGUUGACGAGGACGAGUCUGUUGCGGUCACUCUGCAGCUGCUGCACCCGGACAUUUUUGCAAACGGCGGAGGCCAGACGCCAACGAAGCAAGAAAUCCAGGUUUGCCAGAGGCUAAAUAUUCAAAUGGUGGAUGGUCUGGGCAUACAGUUACUGUCACUUGCGCCAUUUACUCAGCACUACGAUUGGGGAAAGCCGCGAAACGAGAGCAUCAUCGCUGCACUGACUGGUCAGCAGAGCCCACAUCUGACAGAUGAGCCGGACGCGGCGAAGCCAUUUGCUGAGAUGUGGAUGGGGGACCACCCAUCCGGACCAGCCCGGGUGGUAAGUCCAGGAACUAGCCCCCGAAAUGCCGACAAGACGGUCCACCGUGCUACAUCCUUGCAGGAUGUAUUCAACAAGACGCCGUCAGUGUUGGGCCCACAACUGCAAGAUUCAAAGCAGCUGCCCUUUUUGUUGAAGGUAUUGUCCAUACACAAAGCUUUAUCCAUCCAGGCGCAUCCUGACAAGGAGCUCGCGAGCCGUUUGCACCUGGAAAGGCCACACAUAUACAAAGACCCCAACCACAAGCCAGAAAUUGCCAUAGCGCUCACAGAUGAUUUUCAGGCUUUGUGUGGGUUCCGACCUGUACCUGAAAUUAUCGAGAUUCUGGAGCAUAUGCCGGAGGCUGCUGUCAUCAUUGGGCCAGAUUCUUUGGAGAAUCUCAAAGCUGCCGUUGGCGAUUCCAGUGCGGAGUCGACGGCCCUCAAGAGUGCAUAUGCCAGGCUGAUGCAUGCGUCAGAAGAUGAUGUCAUCAAUCAGAUCCAGCUGCUGCAUUCACGAGCGUUGCAGCCUCCUCAGUCUGUGCCUCCCAAGAUCAAGGAGCUGUACGAGUUGAUUUGCAAGCUGCAUGCUCAGUACGACAACGACAUAGGCAUUUUCUCAGCCCUUUUCAUGAACUACGCGCGCCUCAAAGUAGGCGAGUGCCUGUACAUGGCGCAGAAUGUGCCUCAUGCUUAUAUCGCUGGCGAUAUUGUUGAGUGCAUGGCUUGCUCUGACAAUGUUGUUCGUGGUGGAUUGACGCCCAAGUUCAAGGACGUUGAAGUCCUGUGCGACAUGUUGCGCUAUGAAGGCGGACCCCCUGCAACGGUGAUCCCUUCAGAGUUGGACAGGGGCGUCAAGCUUUACGCCGAUCCGGACAUCGAGGAGUUCCAAGUAAUGCAUCUGCACCUGGAAGCCGGAGGUCGGCAGCAUAGACUCUUCAGCAGCGAAGGGCCAGCAAUGGCAUUGAACCUCAAAGGUAGCGGUACCGUGACCAUUUCGGGUGAGACGAGGGAUAUCGGCCCUGGCAAGGUUUUCAUGCUGGCGGCUGGUGUAGAACCAGAGAUUCAGGCAAUGACCGAGAUGGAUGUAUUUGUAGCAUGUUGUCCUCCCCAGUAUUUUCGGACACCACAAGUCUCGCCGCAGAACAAGUAG